UCCGGGUACCAGUCUAGCUACUCUCGUCCCUCGAUCUUGUCCAAGGGUGGACAACAGAGACGAUGGCUGCUUGUUUACGUUCUCUUCCAUGUCAUCGUUUAAGUCUAAAGUCUGUAUUAUCCGCAAAUGCAUGUGAACAGUUAAACCGGUACGUGGACAGAGGUGCUAGGAGGCAGAAAUGGUUUUCGGCGGAGAAGCCUGAGGCUGUGCACGAUGCUCACUCGAAACUCCUGACCGACAAGGAACACGUGUACGAGCUACAGCAUCAGUUGGUGAAACCAGAUCAUAUGGGUGAAUACCUGGAUAUAUAUGGGAAAUAUGUCAACACCGUAAACACGAGAGGGGAUUUGAGUUGUGAGCUGAUAGGCUCGUGGACAGUAUCCGUAGGUGAUGAAGAUGAAAUAAUACACUUGUGGCGGUACAAAAAUGGAUAUCGAGAUGUAUCCAGAGCAAUGGAGUUAUCUAGGCAGGACCCA